UAUAUCAUUAGAAGUUUAAUCAACUUUUUCCUCCUCCACACAAGAAAUCUUGUAUGCUUCACAAAGGUCCCAUCUUUUCAAUCUCCAUAGAAAAUAAAAAUAAAAUAAAAUUCUCAGAUCAUUAUUACAAACUUCAAAGUCAAAAUUCAUCAAUCAAUACUUCAACAUUUUCCCAGGGUAUAAUUUUGAUUCUUUUGAUUUUUUCUUUUGGAACCAGUUGAUUUGGGAUUGAGGCGUAGUUGAUUGAUUGAACUUUGAAGAUUUUUGCUGAAACCAAUACCUGUGCAAAUUCAAAAAUGUUUAGGCGACUCAUUGGAAAACCCAAACAAGAAACAAAUGCUCUAGCAACCUUGGACAAGUUAAAUGAGACGCUUGAGAUGCUUGAGAAAAAGGAGAAAGUUUUAUUGAAGAAGGCUACUGCUGAGGUUGAAAGAGCGAAGGAAUUUACUAGAGCAAAAAAUAAAAGGGCUGCAAUACAAUGUUUGAAAAGGAAAAGGCUCUAUGAGCAACAAGUCGAACAGCUUGGAAAUUUCCAGUUGCGUAUUCAUGAUCAGAUGAUACUGUUAGAAGGUGCAAAAGCAACAACAGAAACUGUUGAUGCUUUGAGAACUGGAGCAGCUGCCAUGAAAGCCAUGCAGAAGGCAACGAAUAUUGACGAUGUUGACAAAACAAUGGAUGAAAUCAACGAGCAGACUGAGAACAUGAAAAUGAUUCAGGAAGCAUUAUCUACGCCAAUCGGUGCAGCGGCUGAUUUUGAUGAAGAUGAGUUGGAGGCAGAACUUGAAGAACUGGAAGGAGCUGAGUUGGAAGAACAACUCCUUCAGCCUGCUACAACUGCCCCUUCUGCACCUAUUCAUCUUCCUGCUGGUAGGCAACAAGUGCGUCCCGCUGCCCAGCAGAGCAGAACAGAAGAAGAUGAACUUGCUGCUUUGCAGGCUGAAAUGGCUCUUUAAUGAGUUAUAAUCGCCGAAUAAAGAGUGCUGUAAAGAUUGAAUGUACUCUUGUGGUGGAUGAUUGUUUGAAUUCUUGAUGUGCAUGCAGCCUUACAAGUAAAUGUAUAGAUUAUUACAGGAGUUGAUUUAAUAUUUUGUGUCAAGUUGAAAUAGGAAGAUUUUGGUACUUUUACAUGAAAUUUCAUUCUUGUAAUUGUACCCAAAAAAAAUCUCUUCUAGCUACAUUAAAGUGCAUUUUUUAUGAUCCAACUUGAUGCUGAGAGUAACUGGCAUUAUUCA